AGAGAGGGGUGAAGUCAACAGCUGGAUAUAAAAGGAGGAGAGUGCCCGUCUCCAGCACAGAGCAACCCUGAACAUUCAAGACUGUUCAUCCAAACAGAAGCUCGUCUGUCUCUGUCGGUGGAAACAUGAAGACUCUGGUGACUCUCCUACUUCUGACUGUGAUCUGCUUCCAGUGUUACAACUGUGCUCCAGUCGCACCGGUGGCUUUGUUUCAACAAUGCUGCACAAACUCCACUCGGACUCCUAUUCCUAAGGGAAGAGUGCAACAUGUGGCACCACCGCAAAGUGCCUGCAGAGUCAAAGCAAUGAUAGUCACGACUGUGUGUAAGAAGCAGAUCUGUGUGGAUGCAGACUGGAAUUGGUCGAAGAAACUGCUGGCAGAGUUUGAGAAGUCAACUGCAAACAAGUCGCCACCAUCUGCCCCUUUCAAUGUCACAAAGUGUGAAGAUGUUAAAGCGUGACCGCGGUUCCUUUGUGCAUCAUGAUUACAUGUAGAUUAUGCUGAUCAUUAUGAUUGUAAAGUAACUUUGUAGGUUCAAACUGUCAAUGUGAACUUGUAAAGUUUAAUACAGCUUAACUCACCAUCAGAGCGUCUUCUCACAUUAGAAAGUAACAGGCGGUACUACUGCACAUGAGUGAAUUCAUAUGAAGUGAUAUUAAAUAUGUACAGUUGUGUUAUUUAAUAUUUUACAGGAAGAUAUUUAACAUGUUUGUUAUUUUUACACAUGGCGCUGUACCUUUCUGAAUAAAAGCUUUCAUUUUUAA